UACGGUUUUGGGUAUUCCGGGAUAAAAAAAUGAAAUUUUUUAUAAAUUAAAGGGUAUUGGAGCAAUUUUUUGUGUCUAUUUUAAAGAAUUAUAAAAAUCUGAGGUUUUUUUGUAAUAAAUAAAACAUGAAACCAAAUAAAUUUAGGGUUCUUUAUUCUCUCUAUCAUUCGCUUCUAUUUGCACACACCAUUUACCCUCUUUACACACACUUAAUGAGUUUUUUUUAAUUACAUUUUAGUCCUAAAAUGAAACUACCAAAAUACCCCUUUCUUCUUCAAACUACCAAAACCCUAACCCUAACCCUAACCCUAACCAUCAGUCACCAUCAUCCUCUAUGGCCGCCGCCUCUCUUUUCCUCCAUCACCGCCGUUACCUCUUUCUCCACCAUUGCAACUCCCUUUCAUCUGCAAAUCCAUUGCCUUCCUGCCUCUCUUCCCCACCCUGUCGGGCAUCGUGGAAUCGCCUCAUUUUCUUACCAUUCGGACUACUAGUGUUGAAAGAAUUGCCUCCCUUCGGAAAUCAACCAUCGAACCAAUGAAUUUGGUUCGACUAUCAACAUCCGAACAAAACACAUUGGUUCGACCAUCGACAUCCGAAACCCCCUUUCGUCUGCGAGUCGCCGUCGCCUUUCGUCUACGAGUCGUCGUCGCCUUCCUUUUCGCGACUAAGAGGGGAGAGAGAGAGAGAGAGGUCGCGGUACGUCGCCGGUGCUGCGUCACCGCCGGCAAGGUGGUUGCUAGCUAGGGUUAGGGUUAGGGUUUGAUCGUUGCUUGCUGGUGUGGAAGAAGGGGAGUGGAUUUGGAGUGUGUGUAUGGGGAGAUAACUGGAACAAAAUUGUGUGUGAUGAGUAAAUUUUAUUUUUUUUAUUUUUUUAUUUUUUUGGUGUGUAAAUUAAGAAGGAUGUGUAAAAAGAGAAAUGUAUGUGUGUAAAUAGAACCUCCCAUCAUCUUAGCUCCUUACAUAUCUCAUUCCAAAAUACUCCAAGACUGAAGAACUUCGAAGGUGCUAGGGUUCCAUGUCUAUUCGAUCAUCUCCUUCCAGAAAUACUUCCAAGAGAGUCUGAAGAACACUUUGAAGGUGCGAUUGAAAGGUUUAAUCGAAGGUGCUGCUGAUUGAUUCUCUCCUUCAAAGGUGCGAUUGAAGAGUGAAGGAAUGGACACUGCUGAUGAAGUCAUUGAUAGGCCUCCACCAGAAUUUCAGGAGGAUGUGAAGGAUUCAGUCAUUGAUCUUAGUUUAACAGAUUCAACUGAACUUUGGCUCAUUCAAUGGCCAAUUAAUCAAGCUGUUGAUUUUGAUGGGCAAGAAUUGUCACUGAAGCUUCAUCAUGAUGGAUUGUUGGGAAGUUUUGAGGGUUCAUCUGGAAAAUCAUAUGAUGUGGUCAGUUAUAAUGCAGAAGUUCCAAAUGCUACAGUUUUCUUAUCAUCUGCAUCAGAGUCAAAAAUUGUUGGGAAGAUUUCACGGCGCGUUUCCCUUGUUCAUUACCCGGAGCCUAGUGAACUUGAGAAACAGAAUACCAGUCAUCAGAAGCAGAUGUAUCAGAGAUCUUCUGGAACUUCCUUGACCAAUUCAUCCCAUCGUUUUGCAACUCAUACUCAAAGUACCAGGCCAAGAAGCUCAAAAUCAUCUGGCAGCAAUGCUGCGUCAAUGCUUAGUAGCAAAUAUACAAGUUCUUUGUCUGAGGUAGGGGAGCCAUCGAAGCCUCCAAAGAGAGAACAUAUUGAGGAGCCAACUAGGUCCAUUGACCAGUUUACUCAAGACUCAGGACGUGGUCAUAGUGUGGUUACUUCUUCUGGGUCCUUAGAGCAAUCUAAUGACAGGAAAUCAAAGAAGAAAAAGAAACUCGUGGAGUAAGGUAUGUUGUUUACCUCUUCUUGCACGUUGUGAAAUCCAAGCAUUUUGAGGGUGAUUGAAAGUCUUGGUCUAUCAGCAUUGAAAUAUUACUUGGUCCAUUCAGGAUUCUGAAAUUUUGCAUUCGAUUAGCUUUUGUUAUGUUACUCGUGUAGUUGACUGUAAAAUGUUUGGAAAGCUGAAAUCAUGAAAUAUUUAGUUGUCAGUCCAUGUUUUUGGUGCUUUUGUGUUGAGCUGCUGUGAAGUUGCAAACCUAUUAAUGUGUACAGGCCUUCGCAAUUGUUUGUUAUUUGCAUCUUCCAUUUA